CACCGUGAAGUAAGGUGAUCCCGAUUCCACACGCACCACACCAGCCAGCGAGGCCGCCAGAGGAAGCCAAACCCCCAAGCCACCUGGUGUCCUCUCCUCUCCUCUCGUCUCAUCCCCAGCCAGCCAUGCCCUCCCCCUCCCCUCCCACAUGAACUGUGUUUGUCCGGAGUGCGCCGCCAAGAAGAGCGAUUCGUGCCUCGCUCCUUCCUUCCCUUGGUAGAUAGAUUGGAACCCGCGGCUGGAUGAUGACGGCGGGUUCUUGCGCGGCGGCGCCCGUCGUCCUCCCUUCGUUGAGGCCGCUGCCGCCAAACCUGAGGCCUAACGGCUUCCUGCCCUGUUCCUCAGCCGCGUGGAGCCGCGGCGGCGUGUCGCUGGGAUGGGCUCAAGGGGCCAAGAAGCAGCGGCCGGCGGUGGCAGUGGCAAGGCUCAACCGGUUGUUCUGCGGAUACAUGCGAAGAGAUGGGCAUGAAGGUGAUGUGAGGAGUCAAGGAAGGGAUGAUGCUCUUAUGUUUGGGCCAGAUGAUGAUGGUACAAAUAUUCCUACUCAAGUAGAGACUCUCGUCAAAGGUACUGAGACAGUUGCUGCUCCAGAAUACAAGGCGAUCCCUGAUCUAGAUUACCUACAGGAGUUGCUGGCUAUUCAGCAGGAAGGACCCCGUGCAAUAGGUUUCUUUGGAACCCGCAAUAUGGGGUUUAUGCAUCAACAGCUUAUUGAGAUCCUGAGCUAUGCUAUGGUCAUAACAAAAAAUCAUAUAUUCACAUCUGGGGCUUCCGGAACUAAUGCAGCUGUUAUCAGGGGCGCUUUAAGGGCUGAAAAGCCAGAGUUGCUUACUGUAAUUUUACCUCAAAGUCUAAAGAAGCAGCCUCCUGAAAGCCAAGAACUGUUGUCUAAAGUACAAAACUUGAUUGAGAAACCUCAGUAUGACCAUCUGCCACUAAUUGAGGCUAGCAGGUUAUGCAACAUGGACAUCAUCUCGAAGGUCCAACAGGUCAUCUGUUUUGCGUUCCAUGACAGCAAGCUGCUGAUGGAAACAUGCCAGGAGGCCAAGAACCUUCGGAAGAUUGUAACGCUCUUCUACCUGGAUUAGCACCUCCUCAGGGAUCUUGUCUCCUUUUUUUUGUCCGUGCCGUAGGCUGGUGGGAAAGAAAGCAAGCUGAACGUUUAGUUAGUUUCGAUGUAUGUGGUAGGUGGUGCGAUGAUCUUCCAUUGAAGAAGAAAGUCAUUUUAUUUCGCCCAUUGUUUUGAUUCUUGUCACAAAUAAAACGUUCUUGUCGAUAUGCCUAGUUCGUCAGUGAAAAGAAUAAGUUUACAAGUUGAA